ACGGUGAGCGGCUGGGGGCUCGGUGUCCUGGAGUCGAUUCUUAUUGUCAUAGUGAUUGGCUUUUCGGUAGACUACACCGUCCAUCUGGCCGAUAGCUACAUGCAGUCGCGCGCUAUCGACCGCGAGGGCAAAGUUACGGACGCUCUGACGCACACCGGCAUGAGUGUGCUGAGCUGUGUGGAAAUCAACCAGUGUGUCGGGUGCACCCGACAUUUUUCACUAAGUCAUUUCUCGGUGAUGACGUGACCGUGCUGGCUCCGUCGAGCGGUGACGAACCGGCAUCGCCACGCCAUCGAGCAGCCAUCGCGUCGAUGGCGUGGAGGACGACGCGACGAUUCAGCACGAAUACGCCGUAAAAUUUUGAUUUCGACACAGGUGCUGAGUGGGGCCAUCUCGACCAUCCUCGCGUCGAUCCCGAUGCUGUUCACGCAGAUUAUAUUUUUCUACAAAUUUGGCGUCUUCAUCCUCCUGACGAUCGUGUUGUCACUGAUCUUCAGUCUGUUCUUCUUCGCCAGCGUUCUGGCGGAGAUCGGCCCCGUCGGCAAGCGCGGCCAGGUGAGCCUGCUCUACCGGGAUUGUGUCAACCGUGCGAAGGCUGAGCUCGACGAGAUGGACGAGGCGCAACGGCUCGUGGACGAACAGUCGGUGCGCAAGGAGGGCUCGGUCAAGCGGUCCUGGUCGCGGGCAUCCGUCGACGACGCCCCGGCCGAGGAGUCCUCGCCCGCGCCCGUAGACCUCUAA